GGGACCCUGUAGGGAGUGCAGGGACCCCAGAGAGGGGUCAGGGACCCCAUGGGAGAGUACAGGGACUCCAUAGGGAGGGCACAGACCCCAUGGAGGGGGGGCAGGCACCCCACAGGGGCGUGUCAGGGACCCCGUGGGUGGUUUUGGGGCCCCCAUGGGAGGAUGCUGGGACACGGGGGGUGUUUUAGGGACCCGAUGCUGGGGUGGUCUCAAAAGGAGCCCCCAAAGCUGCGUGCAGUGACCCCAUGGGGGAAGGGGGGCUCUUGGCCGUCCCCCAGGUUUGGGGGCCAUGGCAGAGCAGGACUGGGCGCUGGAGCCGGGCUGGCUCCUGUCCCCCGCCGGCCGCCCCUACCUGGACUCCAUCCUGCACAAGAACCAGCGGAGAGUGUUCGGUCUGCUGGAGCGCCCGGCGCUGCCGCCUGCGCUGGCUGUCCCCACGGUCACCUACAAACUCUUCCUGGCGGGCAGGAGCGGCGUCGGCAAGACAGCGCUGGUGGCCUGGCUGGGGGGGACCCCCGCGCCCCCCGCCCACCACGAGACCCUGGGCAUCGAGGCCACCACGCUGUUCUGGCCGGCCAAGCCCCGCGGCAGCGGCCGCCCCGUCCUGUUCCAGCUGCACCUCUGGGACUGCGGGGACGGAGCGCUCAGGAAGUUCGAGCACCUGCUGCCCGCCUGUAAGGAGGAGGCGGACGCCGCCCUGUUCCUGUUCUCCUUCACGGACCGCGCGUCCUUCGAGGAGCUGCCGGCGCUCAUGGGCCGCGUGCUGGGCCCCGGGGACCGUCACCUCGUCAGGGUGGUCGUGGGCACCAAAUUCGACCUGGCCCCGCACGCGGCUGUGACAGAAGGGGACGUGCGGGCCUUCGAGGGCUCGCAGGGGCUGCGGGUGCUGCGGGCAGGGGGCACCGCGGGGGCCGGCGGGGCGCGGGCGGGGCUGGCCCGGGUCGGCCCCGUCCUGGACGCCCUGGUGGAGGAGCUCUGGCGGCGCGACCAAGUGACCGCCGGGGUCACCCCGGGGGACACGGGGGACACCCCCACCUGA